GAGCAGGGGGCUGUGUGGGGGUUCAGGGCAAUGAGGGUGGCCGAGGGGCUGUCCCGGUGUGAGGGCCCCUGGGCGGGGUGCCAGGCACCGGGCUGAUGAUGCUGAGGGCAGGGGGAGGAGGUCUGAGGAGGCAGAGGCCAGGCGGAGGCAUAUGCUGGAGUGAAUGUGAGGGAGGUGAGAGGAGGCCUGAGUGGGCUCCCGGACCCAUGGCUGGCUGCAGUCAAACAGGUGGUGGCACCCGGGUGUGUGUGGCCUCUGAGCAGGACGGGGGGAAGGCUGGAGCCCACAGUGCUUGCUCACCGUGAGUGACAGGAAGGGGUGAUUCUCAAGAUGUCCCCGACAAUAGGUCUGGGGGGCCCCGAGCCCCCUAACCACUGCCUUCUGGGGUUGGAUGGCUCAGCCGCUGGCUGGCCACCCAGCCUCAGGGUCUCCACGGCAGGACUGGUCCCUCCCUGUGAGGGACAAGCCUGCAGGCUGGAGCCCUGGUGGUGUGGCCGAGGGCAGAGUGAGGCGGUGGGGAGUCUGAAUCAGGGGCAGCACGUGGGGCCAGUGGUCCCCGCUUGGCAACUUGAUACCUCUGGGACCUUGGCCAGCCUUUCGGCCCUCCUCACCUCUGGUUCCUCAUCUGGGGGUAGCCUGAGUCACACAGGCCUCCCAGGCUGCCGUGGACACACACACUUGAUGCCGUUCACACCGGAGGCUCCAGGAAAUGGCGAGUGUCUUGUUGAUGCUGAGCAGCAGGUGUGUGGGCACCCCUGGGCGCAGGCCCAGGGCACUCUGCAGGAGGUGAGGACCCUUGCAUGCUGGCAGACCCGGGACGCCAGGGCAAGACACAGGGUCUUGGGUUCCGUGGACGGUGUAGGAGUGGUGGACGUCUUGUUCUUGGCCUGGAGCUGGACAUCUUGUCUGGUGCUGCUGGAUGCAAGGUGCUGAGCCCCAGAGUCCUACCUGAGGGAGCAGUAACUUGGCUUCCUGGUUACUACCUGGCAGGCUGCUCCAGGCAGGAAGGUGGGGUUGGGGCUGGGCGGGACCCUUCUGUUCAUCUCAGAGGGUGCAGGCCCUUCCCCCGGUGAGUCGGGGGAGUUCCUUCACUAAGGACUUGGGUUUAGCACCUUUUGCACCCUGGACCCAGCUCCAGGGACAUCGUAGGAGCCAGAGAGACCACCCGUGCCCACUUGCUGGCUGGGGCAGGGAGGGCCCUGACAAGGGUCAGCUGAUUUAACCCAGUGUGACCAACACCAGGUGUGUUUUGGGAGCAGGAGACACAUUUGAGCUGACCAGAUGGCCGAGUGCCUAUCUGCCAGGGAGGGGGCUGGACCACUCCUGGUGCUGGGGUAUUGUCCCCCAGCAUCUGAGAGGAAGCCUGCCAUCCCAUGGCCUAGCCUCUCUCAGUCCUGCCUGAGCUGAGCUGGCCGCAUUCCUGGGCCCAUCUCCUCUCCCCACCCAUGUUCCUGCCCUCCCUCUGGAGCAGGUUGGGGCUGUUUGGGACGGCCUCAGCGGGCGCCCAGCCCCACCCUGGGAGCCCGAAGGGUCCAAGGCCUUGGAUCAGAGCCAGUCUAGUCUGUGGGGGAGGCUGUAGCCCCUCUGCACUUGUCCUGCACGGUAGCUGGGAGGGGCCUGUGUGUUGAGGUUUGGGUGGGUGAGGCGGCGGAAGGUGCUGGGCUGGUCUCAGGGCCUGUGCGCCGGGUGCGUGCAGGGGCGGGCACAGGAGGCUGCCAUCCUCCCUCGCCUCUGCCCACAGCACAUGCUGGCCUGGGCCAGCCCAGGCAUCGGAGCCUGGCACUGGUGACGGCGCUGCUGGCGGGUGACAGACGCGAGCUCUGUGUUCUCCCCCACGGGCCUGGCUGUGGGGAUGUGGAUGCAAGAGGAAGCUCUUGUCCCCAUCUGUGUCUCAGGGGACCCGGUGCCCUUCCUCCUAGGGCCCCCAGAGGCCCACCCCGUGACACACAGGCGUGCUGGUUGGAUCAGUCCUGUCACUGUGAGGUGGGGGGGGGGUGUCCCCUCUUGUCUGCCCCAAGGUGGGGCAGGGGAUUCAGUUGCCAUAGGUCCCUCCAUGGCUCCCAGGGCUCAAGGUGGGGGUGGGAGGACACUGGGAGAUGUGGCAGAGUCCCUGACCCCACCCCCAGGAUGCAGGCCCGCAGCCAGGUUGCAGCCUGGCCUCUGUUGGCACAGACCUGGGGUGUGGGCAGGGGUCUCAGAGAAGGGUGGAGGACGUGGGCUGGGUGCGCCCUGGCAGGCGGAGCUGCGUGUCCUUCUGUGCCCUGGGGCCCCGGAAGCUCCCUCUACUUCCUACUGAGGAGCCUGUUUGCUUGUGGGGUGUGAGUGGGGCUGGGUGUGGGGGGAUGGUGGUGUGUGCGUUCGGCAAGCCAAGCCCUCACUGGCCCAGGUCUGUGCCAGGCGCAGGUGCAGCGUUGGAUACAGGGACUUGGCUUCUUGCUCGUGGAGCUUCUGUCUGGCCCAGACGGCCAACGGGCGCACCAGGAGUCACGGGAGGGUGUGGUAGAGGGUAGGAGGUUCUUGGGGUCCCACUGCGUGCCCCAGGCUUGGGCAGGGUGCAGAGAGCUGGCUAGAGGAGGCGACAGCUUUGGGUUGAGACCUAAGGGCCUAGUUUGGGACAUGGUGGAUCCGAGAAGGAGCUGGCGGGGGAAGGCCCGCUUGCCCGCUCGCGCCCGCCUCCGUGCGCAGCUGGGACAGCUCCAGGAAAGCCUUCGCUUGCUCUUUGGAAGGUGGAGCUGCGUGCUGGGAGUUGACUUUCACACCAUGAAUGGGGUAGGGUGGGUGAGCCGUGGACAAGACACUUCUCUGUGGGGAGAGUCUGCGGAGAGUAGCCCCCCAAAGGCCACCUGUCCCCCGGCUUUGGGAGGGAGGCUGUGGUGCAGAGGCUGCUGUCCCCAUCCGCCCUCUCCUCCUCUUCCUUCCUCCCCCUGCUGCCUCGUGGCAAGAACUGGGUGAGCCCUGGGUGCCAGCCAGGGCCGAAUGGAGAUGGUGGUUUGGGGCCGCACACAAGGCAGCCUUUGGGGGAGUCGUCGAGGGAGGAGCCAGGUUCAGGGGAGCAAGCCGAGGCCUGUUGAGGGUGGCUCUUGCGGGUGAACCUGGGGGGACCCUGGGGUCUUCCUGUGGGGGGGGGUGUGGCACCAGCAGACACCUGUCCUCCCCCCAUCUCCUCUGUCUGCCACCUUGUCUCAGUGUCAGUGGUGGGAGGGGGAGGGGAGCAGGAAGCUGAGGUUUUGUGAGUCAGAGUCAGGCCGGCACCCUCCCCCCAGCCGGCGGCAACCUGCCUGCUGUCCACCGACCGCCUGGUGUUGCCUCCAUGAUCGUGGAGGGAGGGUGGGCUCCUACGAUGGCAGCUCCUCUGCCUUCCGGGGCCUGGGCAGUGUGUGCUGUCGGCUGCUCAGGCCUAGGCCUGUGCCCAGGCCUCCAGCUCUGUCUGAGGCUCCUGGGCCCAUUCAAGUCGCAGGUGGACCAGACUGCUGGUCAAGGGACCUCAUCUGCCAGGUCCUCAGGCCGCUGGAGGUGGCCGUCUGGGCCUCGGGACAGAGUCUGUCCCCUUUACCUGCCUGCUCUGCUCUUCUGCCUGCGGAGAUUAGGGGGAGGCUUUGGUCUGUCCUCCUUGAGCUGCCGGCGGGGGCUGGAGGAAGAGCCUUCAUCCUCCCCAGGCCUGUGAGGGGACUGCUUACCCGACUUGGCUCCAUGGAGAGUGAGCAAGAGACAGGGCCCCAGCUGGUCCUGCUGGUAGGGACUGGACAUGGGGAAGCAGAUGCAUGGGGGCUUAAUGGGCCCUGUGGCUUCAGGGAACGGAGGGGUCCCUGGGGACGCCGGGAGGGAGCAUGCUGGGGAUGCAGCAGGCUGUGGGCACUGGCAGGGGCCCAGGGCUGCACACGGCCACCUGGUCUGUGGCUGUGUGCAUGCCGAGGCCUUGCAGGCGGGAAGCAGGCCUGUGUGCCACCACCUUCAGUCCUUCCUGCCCUCUGCCAUCCUCAGGCUGUCUUCUGGGACCUUUGCUGGUCCUGUCUCUGAGGCAGUGGGGACAAGCAGCAGUCUGCAGCCACAGGCACAGGUGGCCUCCCCCCAACUCAGGCAGCAGGAGUGAGACCUGCACCUCUCAAGUGAGCUCAGGGCUGGGGGUGAGGCAGAGGCUGGGAGCAGGAGGAGAUUCAUGGCAGCCUGUCCACUGUCAUGGUGCUAGCAGGUCAGGAGGUCAUGGGGGCUGAGUGCCUAAGCUGGGGGUUGCCAGAGGGGCAGGGGCUGGCACACUGGCGUGGGUUCUGGCUGGGGAUGUUGCCGCAGCGGAGGGACCCAGGAGUCAGGGAGCGGGAGCAGGGAGUGCUCUCCACCCUGGGCUGGCACGUCUGUGCUCUUGGUGUCCAGCCCCACAGCAGGGGCUUCUCUCUGUGCCCUCUGGUGGCCUCGGGAGCCGGGGCUGGUCUGGUGCCCGCAGAGGGCCAGGGACCUGCCGUGUCUCCACACGGUCCUUGGGGUUCCCAACCUGCCGCCCGGGAGGUGGGAGGUGGCUGGUGCUCUGAGUGGCUUCUGUCUUCAGGGAGUGGGGAAGGCCAGGGCCAGAUCCUGCAGCGCUUCCCGGAGAAGGACUGGGAGGACAACCCAUUCCCCCAGGGCAUCGAGCUGUUUUGCCAGCCCAGCGGGUGGCAGCUGUGUCCUGAGAGGAAUCCACCGACCUUCUUUGUUGCUGUCCUCACCGACAUCAACUCCGAGCGGCACUACUGCGCCUGCUUGACCUUCUGGGAGCCCGCGGAGCCCUCGCAGGAAGGGGUGUGCCCUGGGGACACCGAGAGGGCGGAGGAAGCAGAUGAGGGAGUGCCACCAUCACCCGCAGCGGCUGGCUCGCCCGGCCAGCUCUUUGCUCCGAAGACGCUGGUCCUGGUGUCUCGACUGGACCACGCAGAGGUGUUCAGGAACAGCCUCGGUCUCAUCUACACCAUCCACGUGGAGGGCCUGAACGUGGGCCUGGAGAACGUGGUCGGGAGCCUGCUGACCUGCAUCAUCCCCCUGGCCGGGGGCUCACAGAGAACCAUCUCUUUGGGGGCCGGCGACCGGCAGGUCAUCCAGACCCCGCUCACCGACUCCCUGCCCAUCAGCCGCUGCAGUGUGGCCCUGCUCUUUCGCCAGCUGGGCAUCACCAAUGUGCUGUCUCUGUUCUGUGCGGCGCUCACGGAGCACAAGGUGCUCUUCCUGUCUCGCAGCUACCAGCGGCUCUCGGAUGCCUGCCGGGGACUCCUGGCGCUGCUCUUCCCUCUCAGAUACAGCUUCACCUACGUGCCCAUCCUGCCGGCGCAGCUCCUGGAGGUGCUCAGCACGCCCACGCCCUUCAUCAUUGGAGUCAACGCCGCCUUCCAGGCUGAGGCCCAGGAGCUGCUGGAUGUGAUUGUUGCUGACCUGGAUGGAGGGACAGUGACUGUCCCUGAGUGUGUGCACAUCCCACCCCUGCCAGAGCCGCUGCAGAGUCAGACACACAGUGUUCUGAGCAUGGUCCUGGACCCUGAGCUGGAGCUGGCAGAUCUUGCCUUCCCGCCACCUACGAUGUCCGUUUCCUCCCUGAAGAUGCAGGAUAAGGAGCUGCGUGCCGUCUUUCUGCGGCUCUUUGCUCAGCUCCUGCAAGGCUACCGCUGGUGUCUGCACAUGGUCCGCAUCCACCCGGAGCCCGUCAUCCGCUUUCACAAGGCAGCCUUCCUGGGCCAGCGUGGGCUCGUAGAGGACGACUUCCUGAUGAAGGUGUUGGAGGGCAUGGCGUUUGCAGGCUUCGUGUCGGAGCGCGGGGUCCCCUACCGCCCUACGGACUUGUUUGAUGAGCUGGUGGCCCACGAGGUGGCACGGAUGCGGGCGGAUGAGAACCACCCCCAGCGGGUCCUGCGUCACGUCAAGGAACUGGCAGAGCAGCUCUACAAGAAUGAGAACCCAUACCCUGCUGUGGCUAUGCACAAGGUGCAGAGGCCGGGGGAGGCCAGCCACCUGCGUCGGGCGCCCCGGCCCUUCCCCCGGCUGGACGAGGGGCUGGUGCAGUGGAUUGUGGAUCAGGCCACGGCCAAGAUGCAGGGCGCACCGCCAGCCGUGAAGGCCGAGAAGAGGACCACCGUGCCCUCGGGGCCACCCAUGACCGCCAUUCUGGAGCGGAGCAGCGGGCUCCAUGGCAACAGCGCGCGCCGGCUGGAGGUGGUCCGCAACUGCAUCUCCUACGUGUUCGAGGGGAAGAUGCUUGAGGCCAAGAAGCUGCUUCCAGCUGUGCUGAGGGCCCUGAAAGGACGUGCGGCCCGCCGCUGCCUUGCCCAGGAGCUGCACCUUCACGUGCAGCAGAACCGGGCGGUCCUGGACCACCAGCAGUUUGACUUUGUUGUCCGGAUGAUGAACUGCUGCCUGCAGGACUGCACCUCCCUGGAUGAGCACGGCAUCGCAGCUGCUCUGCUGCCUCUGGUCACAGCCUUCUGCCGGAAGCUGAGCCCGGGGGUGACGCAGUUCGCCUACAGCUGCGUGCAGGAGCACGUCGUGUGGAGCACGCCGCAGUUCUGGGAGGCCAUGUUCUACGGGGACGUGCAGACCCACAUCCGGGCUCUCUACCUGGAGCCUGCCGAGGACCGAGACCCUUCCCAGGUCGGGGAGGCGCCUGCACAGGAGGACCAGCGCUCCGCCCUGGAUGUGGCGUCUGAGCAGCGGCGCCUGUGGCCCACCCUGAGCCGUGAGAAGCAGCAGGAGCUGGUGCAGAAGGAGGAGAGCACCGUGUUCAGCCAGGCCAUCCACUACGCCAACCGCAUGAGCUACCUGCUGCUUCCCCUGGACAGCAGCAAGAGCCGGCUGCUGCGGGAGCGCGCGGGGCUGGGCGACCUCGAGAGCGCCAGCAACAGCCUGGUCACCAACAGCAUGGCGGGCAGUGUGGCGGAGAGCUAUGACACAGAGAGUGGCUUUGAGGAUGCAGAGACCUGUGACGUGGCCGGGGCCGUGGUCCGCUUCAUCAACCGCUUUGUGGACAAGGUCUGCACAGAGAGUGGGGUCACCAGCGACCACCUCAAGGGGCUGCAUGUCAUGGUGCCAGACAUCGUCCAGAUGCACAUCGAGACCCUGGAGGCUGUGCACAGAGAGAGCAAGAGACUGCCCCCCAUCCAGAAGCCCAAGCUGCUGCGGCCGCGCCUGCUGCCCGGUGAGGAGUGUGUGCUGGAUGGCUUGCGCGUCUACCUGCUGCCGGACGGGCGCGAGGAGGGCGCAGGGGGCAGUGGGGGUGGCCCUGCGCUCCUCCCGGCUGAGGGCGCCGUCUUCCUGACCACGUACCGGGUCAUCUUCACGGGGAUGCCCACUGACCCCUUGGUGGGGGAACAGGUGGUGGUCCGCUCCUUCCCGGUGGCCGCACUGACCAAGGAGAAGCGCAUCAGUGUCCAGACCCCCGUGGACCAGCUCCUCCAGGACGGGCUGCAGCUGCGCUCCUGCACCUUCCAGCUGCUGAAGAUGGCCUUUGACGAGGAGGUGGGGUCCGACAGCGUUGAGCUCUUCCGCAAGCAGCUGCACAAGCUGCGCUACCCGCCGGACAUCAGGGGCACCUUCGCGCUCACCCUGGGUUCUGCUCACACGCCUGGCCGGCCGCCACGUGCCACCAAGGACAAGGGUCCUUCCUUCAGGACCUUGUCCCGGAACCUGGUGAAGAAUGCCAAGAAGACCAUCGGGCGGCAGCACGUCACUCGGAAGAAGUACAACCCCCCGAGUUGGGAGCACCGGGGCCAGCCAGCCCCCGAGGACCAGGAGGAUGAGAUCUCAGUGUCAGAGGAGCUGGAGCCCAGCACGCUGACCCCUUCGUCAGCCCUGAAGCCCUCCGACCGCAUGACCAUGAGCAGCCUGGUGGAGCGCGCGUGCUGCCGGGAUUACCAGCGCCUGGGGCUGGGCACACUGAGCAGCAGCCUGAGCCGGGCCAAGUCCGAGCCCUUCCGCAUCUCCCCGGUCAACCGCAUGUACGCCAUCUGCCGCAGCUACCCCGGGCUACUGAUCGUCCCCCAGAGCGUCCAGGACAACGCCCUGCAACGAGUCUCCCGCUGCUACCGCCAGAACCGUUUCCCGGUGGUGUGCUGGCGCAGCGGGCGCUCCAAGGCUGUGCUGCUGCGCUCCGGGGGCCUGCAUGGCAAGGGGGUCGUCGGCCUCUUCAAGGCCCAGAACGCGCCAUCUCCAGGCCAGUCCCAGGCAGACUCCAGCAGCCUGGAGCAGGAGAAGUACCUGCAGGCCGUGGUCAGUUCCAUGCCCCGUUACGCAGAUGCCUCAGGACGCAACACCCUCAGCGGCUUCUCCUCGGCCCACCUGGGCAGCCAUGGUGAGGGCGCUGGAGCAGGAGCUGGUGGUGGAGGCACGUGGGGAGGGCAGGCCAGCAGGAGGCAGUGUUUCCGGUUGCCCAGCCCCAGAGCCAGGGUCACCACGCUGUCCAACCCUAUGGCGGCCUCGGCCUCCAGACGGACCGCGCCCCGAGGUAAAUGGGGCAGCGUCCGGGCCAGUGGGCGCAGUGCUGGGCUCGGCACUGACGUGGGCUCCCGGCUGGCAGGCAGAGACAUGCUGGGUCCCCCCCAGGCCAACGGGGCGCCCCCUGACCCAGGCUUUCUGCGGCCCCAGCGUGCCGCCCUCUACAUCAUCGGAGACAAAGCCCAGCUUAAGGGCGUGCGACCAGACCCGCUGCAGCAGUGGGAGCUGGUGCCCAUCGAGGUGUUCGAGGCACGGCAGGUGAAGGCCAGCUUCAAGAAGCUGCUGAAGGCCUGUGUUCCAGGCUGUCCCGCUACCGAGCCUGGCCCAGCUUCCUUCCUGCGCUCGCUGGAGGACUCUGAGUGGCUAAUCCAGAUCCACAGGCUGCUGCAGGUGUCGGUGCUGGUGGUGGAGCUGCUGGAUUCGGGCUCCUCCGUCCUGGUGAGCCUGGAGGACGGCUGGGACAUCACCACACAGGUGGUGUCCCUGGUGCAGCUGCUCUCGGACCCCUUCUACCGCACCCUGGAGGGCUUCCGGCUGCUGGUGGAGAAGGAGUGGCUGUCCUUCGGCCAUCGCUUCAGCCACCGCGGGGCCCACACGCUGGCGGGGCAGAGCAGUGGCUUCACGCCCGUCUUCCUGCAGUUCCUGGACUGCGUGUACCAGAUCCACCUGCAGUUCCCCAUGGAAUUCGAGUUCAGCCCGUUCUACCUCAAGUUCCUCGGCUACCACCACGCGUCCCGCCGCUUCCGGACCUUCCUGCUCGACUCCGACUAUGAACGCAUCGAGCUGGGGCUGCUGUACGAGGAGAAGGGCGAGCGCCGCGCCCCGCAGGCCUGCCGGUCGGUGUGGGAGUACGCGGAGCGGCUGAGCAAGCGGGCGCCCAUCUUCUACAACUACAUGUACGCGCCCGAGGACGCCGAGGUCCUGCGGCCCUACAGCAACGUGUCCAACCUGAAGGUGUGGGACUUCUACACCGAGGAGACGCUGGCCGAGGGCCCCCCCUACGACUGGGAGCUGGCGCAGGGGCCCCCGGAGCCCCCGGAGGAGGAGCGGCCCGACGCGGGCGCCCCGCAGAGCCGGCGCCGGGUGGUGUGGCCCUGCUACGACAGCCGCCCCCGAGCCCAGCCCGACGCCAUCUCCCGGCUGCUGGAGGAGCUGCAGCGGCUGGAGACAGAGCUGGGCCGACCCCCUGAGCGCUGGAAGGAUGCCUGGGAUCGAGUGAAAGCUGCCCAGCGCCUGGAAGGCCGGCCAGAUGGACGUGGCACCCCCAGCUCCCUGUUGGCGUCCAGUGUGCCCCACCACCGCCGCUCGCUUGGCGUGUACCUGCAGGAGGGACCUGUGGGCUCCACGCUGAGCCUCAGCCUGGACAGUGACCAGAGCAGUGGCUCAACUGCAUCCGGCUCCCGCCAGGCAGCCCGCCGUAGUACCAGCACCCUGUACAGCCAGUUCCAGACAGCCGAGAGUGAGAACAGGUCCUAUGAGGGCACCCUCUACAAGAAGGGGGCCUUCAUGAAGCCCUGGAAGGCGCGCUGGUUUGUGCUGGACAAGACCAAGCACCAGCUGCGCUACUACGACCACCGCGUGGACACGGAGUGCAAGGGGGUCAUUGACCUGGCGGAGGUGGAGGCCGUGGCGCCCGGCACGCCCACCAUGGGCGCCCCCAAGACGGUGGACGAGAAGGCCUUCUUUGACGUGAAGACGACGCGUCGCGUUUACAACUUCUGUGCCCAGGACGUGCCGUCAGCCCAGCAGUGGGUGGACCAGAUCCAGAGCUGCCUGUCGGACGCCUGAGCCCGGCCCUGCUCGCCGCGUCCGUCGUUCCGACCACUAGGGGUGGGCAGGGCCCCCCGGCCAUGUUUACAGCCCCCCCCCCCCCCGCCCGCGACAGUAUUGCGGCCCCACCCCCAGCGCGUGUACAGCCCCCCCCCCGAUCCCCCCGCCGCUCCCCGCGCCCACGGACUUGGGGGGCCCGGCGGAGCGCCCGCCCGGAGCAGCCGUGGUACAGCCCCCGCGGUGGGCCUGUAAAUAGCGCCCCCUCCACCCCCGCCCCGCCCCACCCGCCCGCGUGCUGGCCCCGGCCGGCUGGCCGCAGGCGACCGUUCCUAGAACCAGAGUCUAUAAAGAGAGCUAACGAUAGAUA